AUGGAACGUUGUCGGUUAUGUUUAGAUCGUCCCGGAGGUUUUGUCAAGAUCGGUGAUAAAAUAUUUUGCGAGAAUCUCAUGAAGCUCUUUCACAUGAAGUUUCCCGAAGCUGAAGAUUUACCCGAAAAAGUCUGUGAUAUUUGUGUAGCAAAAGUACAGGACUUUUAUAUAUUCCUGGAGCAUGUUUUGCGAGCACAGAAGCAAUUGAUAGAUGAUCUGGACGUUGAUCGAAAAAGUAAAAAAGGCGUAACAAUAGAUAUUCCUGCGCAAUAUGGCAUUGCAAUUACCAAUGGUGAAUCAGUAGAGCUACCAAUUUUAGACACAACUACAACUCCAGAGGCGAAUCAAGAAGAUGACUUGAUGGGUCAUUUUGCAGAAACAAAACCAUCAGCAGUCAUAUUUGAAGAGGAAACUACCCACGCAUUUGAACAAGUGGAUGUUUUCGCAGAUCAAGAAGUAAAGAGCAACAACGUUGAGGAAACAAACGUUCAGCUAGAUUCUGACGACGAGGAAGGUGAUAAUGAUGACGAGGCGGACGACACAGUCGACGAAGAAAAUCCCAAGGAGAGGGUAACAAAAGUAGAAAAGAGAGAUCACGAUAAGCGAAGCGAGGAUAACAAUCGCAUCAAGGAGUUUUUCUCCAUGGUGUGCGAUAUUUGCUCUAAGGAAUUCUCUACUUUCCAUCGGUUGCAAAUACAUUCCCGCAAAAUGCACAACGUGAGAGGUUUCAUAACCUGCUGCAAUCAAAAGUUCUACCGCAAAUUUAAGGUGUUGGACCACAUUUCAUUCCACACGACACCGGAUGCUUUCCGAUGCGAGCUGUGCCAGAAAAACUACCGCAGCCGAUACACGCUGCAGCAGCAUAACAACAGACAUCAUUCCGGGCCGAAAGAGAGGCCUUUCAAGUGUGACAAAUGCCAUCAGUCGUACGAAAAGGAGUACCAGUUGAAGUCACACAUCUCGCGGCACAUUCAAGCCUCGUGCCACCUUUGUGGUAAGGUACUGUCUAGUGCUCAGGCAUUGCGUGUGCAUAUCAACCACAUGCACGGUAGCGACGAAAAGCAGAUCUGUGACACUUGCGGCAAAGAGUUUCGCACUAAGCCCGCACUUGAGCGACACGUUCGGCGACAUCUUGGUCAAGAUGUGGUAGAAAAACGGCAGUGCCCACAGUGUGGCGCAUGGGUUAACGGUGCACGGGGUCUAAAAAACCAUACGCGCAAUGUGCAUCCCGGCAAGGAUGAGGUCUUUGAAUGUGACAUAUGCCAUCAGCGGUGUAAGAACGCCACCACGCUUUAUCAACAUCGGAAAGGCGUCCAUGCGAAGGACCAAUACGAGUGCGAGUUUUGUGGUAAACGAUUCAAGCGCAAAAUUUAUUUAAAAGAACAUCGAGCCCUUCACACCGAGCAAUCGCUGUACUCGUGCAGUGUGUGCGAUCUGAAGACGAAUUCGAACGCGAACAUGUACUCUCACAUAAAGCGCAAACAUCCGAAUGAAUGGCAAGAGGCUCAAAAGAGAAAGCAGCUUACGGCAGCUGAGCAGUCUUCGAGUGCACUAUCAUAA